AGGAGGUGGUUCGCCGAGAACACCGGAAGUCCGGGGGGCCGGGGCGGGGCGACUUGGGCUGACCGGGAGUGGGCGAGGCCAGGCUGGCGCGGAGCUCGCGACCCUCAGCUCGGACGAGCUUUUUGUAGAAGUUUGAGGUGCAUUUUCAUUGAUUAAAAAAUGACGACUCUUGAAAGUUUAGAAGCCAAAGUCACCCUUACUCCAGCCCCAGUCCGAGGAGCAGGAGAUGGCAUGGAAACUGAGGAAACACCUAAGUCUGUUGAAGUGACCUCUGGAGUCCCGCCUGUAAGGCAUCACAUCCUUCAGAAUCCACGGAAGAAAGCAGUUCCAGGCGAGAGCCCAGGAGUCCUUCAGCUCGGGAAGAUUCUCACUGAAAAAGCAGUGGAAGUUGAAGCCAUAAGAAUAUUAGUUCCCAAAGCUGCUAUAACCCAUGACCUCCCCAGCAAGAAUGCAAAGGUGAAGUCUCGGGGACAUCAUAGGGGAGAGCUCCUUGGUCAGUCAGAGGGAACUGUGGAACCCAGAAAGGAACUAUCGGAGGUUAAGAAUCUACUGGAGAAGCUCAAGAACUCUGAAAGGAGGUUACUGCAGGACAAAGAGGGUCUUUCAAACCAGCUCAGAGUACAGACAGAGGUCAAUCGAGAGUUAAAGAAGUUGCUAGUGGCUUCCGUUGGAGAUGAUCUUCAGUACCAUUUUGAACGUCUAGCCCGUGAGAAAAAUCAGCUUAUUUUAGAAAAUGAAGCCCUAGGUCAAAACACAGCUCAGCUUUCUGAACAGCUGGAACGUAUGUCAAUACAGUGUGACGUAUGGCGGAGUAAAUUCCUUGCAAGCAGGGUGAUGGCAGAUGAGUUAACCAAUUCCAGAGCAGGUUUGCAGCGGCAAAAUCGCGAUGCCCAGAGUGCUAUUCAAGAUCUCCUGAGUGAGCGGGAGCAGUUUCGUCAGGAAAUGAUAGCUACCCAGAAAUUAUUGGAGGAGCUCCUGGUGUCCUUGCAGUGGGGAAGAGAGCAAACUUACUACCCUAGUACACAGCCUUACACCACCGCAGAGCUAGCAUUAACAAAUCACAAGUUGGCAAAAGCAGUAAAUGCUCAUCUUCUGGGAAAUGUUGGCACUAACAGUCAAAAAAAGAUACCAUCAACGGUUGAAUUCUGCAGCACCCCAGCAGAAAAAAUGGCUGAAACGACCAUCCUCUACUGCCAGUUAUUUUUAAAAUGCCAGUCCAAAAAAAAGAAAGGAAAAAUCCACUUGCGUUGGUUCUCCUUUUCAGACAGCCCGUCCUCCCUCAUUCUGGACUUUCCAUUCUUUCACACUGUAUGGAAAGCUUUUCACAAAUCAUUAUUGCAUCCCCUCUUGUCAAGGUUCUACGCAUUUUGGAUCCAGUUACCUGUACGGAAAGCUCACCUGAUAAUCCUUUUUCUGAGUCUUCACCAACUGCCUUACUUGCUACAAAGAAAAAUAUUGGACGAUUUCAUCCCUAUACUAGAUAUGAAAAUAUAACUUUCAAUUGCUGCAAUCACUGCCAGGGAGAACUUAUUGUCCUUUAACAUAACAAGACAGCACUUGCUUCUUACCCAAGAGUCAUUAUUAUUUGGGAGCUGGCGUCUUACAGUGGUAGAAUGUCACUUUCUAUCUCAGUACUGUAUAUGCCCAGCGAUGUUUCAUGUACUGGACCACUGAUUACCCUUUCUUAAUAAAUACCUCAGGGUAAGAAAAGAGUGAAACUGUGUAGAUAUAUUUAAAGUAGGUGAUACUUGCCUGACAUCCAUGAUGCUUUUCCUAAAGGAUCCUGAAAGAAGAUCCUAUCUUUAUUUUAGGCCCUAAGUUACAUCUUGCCAUGUGUUUAAGAUGAGAUUUCAUUGUUAACUCUAAUGCAGGGUUGCUCAUAUGCAGCUACACCCAUUCGUCUACUGUUGUCUAUGGUUGCCGGGCUUGGGUUUUUUGGGCACCACAGCAGAACUGAACAGAGGCAGCAGGGCUUGUGUGGCUGCAAAACUUAAAAUCUCCUAUCUGGCCCUUGACAGGAGAAUUUCUGGCCCCCACUGGCAGGGGGAUGGGUGGAGAGCGUGUCCAUUCCCAUUUUGGGGAUUUAUUUUGGACUACAAAAGCUGCUUAUGGAAAUACUAUGGGUGAAGGGACUAAUAUUUUAAAAUUAAAUGCUAUAUGUUAGGAAAAUUAGAAGUAUUUUAUAGCCUAACAUUAGCAAGUGUUUGAGCAAAACAUAUUCUUGUGUUGGUUUUGUGUGGGGAAUUCCAUAGUUUGAAUGGAUGCGACUUGACAUAAUAGAUUUUACUGAGCUCAUUUUGACAAAUGCAACACAAUAGGACUAUCCAAUUUGAUAUAUAAUGGAGAAAGUAGGAUCUUUCUAGAACAUUAUACAAACUCAAAAUGCAAUCCAUCAUUAAUUUAUAUUAAUAUAUAUUAUUGUUUAUUUAUGAUGGACCAUCAUAAAACACCCUUUUAUAAGCCUGUAAAAAUAUCCACAGUAUGUUUAUACCAAAUUACCCUAUAUUAGGUACAGAAUCGCCUAUCAAGAGAGAAAUCUUCUAAAGAUAAAUCUGGUGAAAUAACAUUUUAAUGUCAACUUAAUGAUUUUUUUUGUCUGAUUCGUCUGAGUUAUACUUUGAAAUGGCAAUAAAUUUCUCUACAUUCUUUAUUUUGAA